AUGAAAUGUGGAAUACUCCUCCCAGCUGACGGCGAGAAGUUUGAUCCCUUGGUGCAUAUUGAUCUGGACAUAUGCACAGUGACCAUUGACGCGUGGAUCACCAACAAGGCUAUGAAGAACUAUUCGACCUCGAACUGGAACUGGGUUCGGGAUCUUAUCCGCAGGGUCCCUCUUUGGCAUAGUUACUGGCGAGUGGACCUUUCGCUCGGUGAUGAGAUCUGGGUAGGCAAGUGCGACAAGGGACCCACGCCCAUCCCGCCGUCACCCGCGUUUAGUAUGCCCAUGGUCCCUAUUGCGCCUUGGGUUUCUAGCCUUGACCGAGACCUGGCCGUCCCGACAUUUGAAUGCGAAAACUGUACAGCAAGCUUCAACACAGCUAGAGGCCUUGUGAGACACUGUCAAGUUGAGCAUGACAACAAAAGCCUUUGGGAGUCUCAAUAUGCCAAUCAUCAAGAGCAAGACACUACUGCGAUGGCAUUCUGGGACACAACAUGCUAUGAGUGUGGAAAGGUCUUUCACUGCCUGAGGAAGCUAACAGAGCAUAGGGCAUCUGGGAUACAUACAGAUGCCCCACGCUAUGUAUGCAGUGAGUGUGGCGCGAAGUUUGAUGAUUCCGCGCACUUGGAGCGACACAUGGCUUCGCAUACGGAUGCACGGCCCCUUGUGUGCGACGUAUGCGGGAAAGACUUCAAAACGCUCGACAAUUUGAGGUAUCAUCAAAUUGUCCACACCAGCGAGAAGCGCUUCAAAUGCGACGACUGUGACAAAACGUUCAAGCGAAAAGAGGCACUUGUUCUGCACCGCAAAGAUGCACAUCCAGAGGAGGAGAUAGAUGGAACUUGCGACAAGUGUGGAAAAGUGUUUGAGUCGUUAAGCAAACUCCGCUGGCACAUAAGCACCGAUCAUAGUGAAAAGAACAAAUUCGAGUGCGAUAAAUGUGAUCGGAAGUUUAGCUUCAAAACGCAGCUCGACAAGCACCUGGCAUCUCACUCGGAGACAAAAAGCUUUGUUUGCAAUCUGUGCAGUGCCGCAUAUAAACGGAAGGACCAUCUCACAAGGCAUAUGAAGAACUCACAUGGGGCCUAG